AUUCAGCCUGUUUCUGUCAGUCAAAGCAAACAUGCAAAUAAGCUCACUUCUCCAUUUUGCUUUGCUCCUCCUUUUCCCCCUUCACCUUCCGUGGACAGUUGCUGAUAACUCGACUGCCCUAUAUUUCAACACUUCAUUCGCAGAUGGUCCAUAUAUCGCUAAGCCUGACUGCCAAAGCAAAUGUGGUGAUUUAACUGUUCCAUACCCUUUUGGCAUUGGUAUAAAGGCGAAUUGUUCUGUCAACCCCUUCUUUGACAUAAAUUGUAAUUCGUCUUUCAACCCUCCAAAGGCGUUUCUUGGAAAACACGAGGUUUUGGGUAUAUCCGAGACAAAAGUACUCAUCAGGAACAAGUUGGCCUCCCUCUGUUACAUUGAUAACAACACACCGGAAGUUAACGACUUUGACACGGAUUUCUCAGGCACCCCUUUCAGCUUUUCCAAUCAAAACAAGCUCAGCCUCGUAGGAUGCAACCAUAUUUCCUUAAUGUCGAAAGGAUCUGAGUUGGAUACCUACACUAGUUCUUGCGUGGCAGUUUGCUCCAAACCUCAAGAACUGAGCAAUGGUUCUUGCUCCGGGAUUGGCUGUUGCCAGGCCUCCAUACCGAAGGGUCUCCAGUACAUCAAUAUCUCCGUAUUGUCCUUGAACGUUCUCUCUAGUGAAUAUAAUUUUAACCCCUGCGGCUACUCAUUUCUUGCAGAGCAAAAUAGCUACAUUUUCAGCGUAUCUGACAUCUCAGAUUCAUCAUUCAUUAACAAAACAAAGGAAACGUUGCCCCUUGUGAUUGAUUGGGCGAUUGCAAACCGGACUUGUAAUGACAGCAGUGAAAUCAUAUGUCAGGGAGAAAGUGUCUGUGUUGAUUCCGGUACAACUCUUGGAGGGUACCGCUGCAACUGCUCUCGAGGCUACGGGGGAAACCCCUAUCUCAGCCCAGGCUGCCAAGAUAUUAACGAAUGCGAGUUUAAUCCGUGCCAUCCGAAAGCCAUAUGCAUUAAUCUUCCUGGUUCUUUUAAUUGUUCUUGCCCUCCUAAUUAUCUUGGUGAUGGCCAUUUACCGUCAUGCAGCAGACUUAAUGCUUUUGACUUCAGCAUCAAAAACUAUCUCGUUUUACCUGUUGAAAUUUUGCUUACAGGUUUACCCAUAGGCGCAGGAUUAUUUAUACUAUUGGCAGUUAGCUUUUGGUUGUACAAAGAUCUGAGAAAAAGAAGAGUGAAACAACUCAAACAGAGCAUUUUCAAACGAAACGGAGGUCUUCUGUUGCAACAACACAUGUCAGCUCAUGAUCUUGUCCUUGGUAAAAUGAGAUUAUUCACAUCUAAGGAGUUGGAGAAGGCCACUGAUAGAUUCAAUGAAAGUCGAAUACUUGGCCGAGGAGGUCAGGGUACUGUUUACAAAGGUAUGCUUUCAGACGGAAGAAUUAUUGCAGUGAAGAAGUCCAAGCAAGUAGAUGAAAAUCGACUGGAAGAAUUCAUAAACGAGGUUGUCAUCUUAUCCCAAAUAAAUCAUAGGAAUGUGGUUAAAUUACUAGGAUGUUGUUUGGAGACAGAAGUUCCAUUACUAGUCUAUGAAUUCAUUCCCAAUGGGACCCUAUACGACCUCAUUCAUGAUGACAGCAACGGUUUCCCAUUUUCAUGGGAUCUACGGUUGAGAAUCGCUGCAGAGAUAGCCAAUGCUUUAGCUUACCUACACUAUGCAACUUCAAUUCCCAUAUAUCACAGGGAUAUGAAGUCUAAUAACAUCCUCUUAGAUGAAAAGUAUAGAGCGAAAUUAUCAGAUUUUGGGAUUUCAAGAUCCGUUGCCAUAGAUCAGACUCAUUUAACGACCAAGGUUCAAGGGACAUUCGGCUAUCUAGACCCUGAGUACUUUCAAACAAGCCAAUUCACAGAAAAAAGUGAUGUUUACAGCUUCGGGGUUGUUCUGGUCGAGCUUUUAACUGGCCAGAAACCAAUAUCUACCAGUGUGACAGAAGAAGAAAAAAGUUUAGCUACACGUUUCCUCACAACCAUGGAAGGGAACCGCCUACAAACAAUUCUUGAUUCCCAGAUAAUAGAACAAGGUUAUACUGAAGAGCACGUUAUUGUCGCUAAUCUUGCAAGGAGAUGCUUGAAUUUGACCGGGAGGAGAAGGCCGACUAUAAGAGAAGUGGCUUUGGAGUUGGAGAGUAUCAGGCCACGUGAAAAUCCAUCUUUUAUUGAAUCUAACACUCAAGAUAUAAGCUUCACGGGAACAGACUCCUUUCAGUUCCCAGAGGACUGCUCCUCAUGGACACAAAAUGUUGGUUUUGAGAGUUAACAUCAGAUGCUAGUGAAUCUUGUGUACUUUGCUGUUUAAAUAACUAAGACAGCAUUUGUAAUUACAGAGUUCCAGGUUAUUGAGCUUUGAUAUGAUUUGAUA